UCCGUUGCGUACUUGCUUUCAUUCGCGCCAUUUUCCAGCAUGCGGACCUGCCCUGCCUUUCUGCCCGCCAGCGGAUGACAGUACUCCCUUACAAGGUGUGCCCAUCCUAAGCCGGAGCUCCUGGCAAAACUUUUUUCAGCCUAAGAAGCGCACGACAGUCCACAUCUGCAGUGGCUUUGUGUAGACAUACAUUCGCUGCCUAGACCAGCUCUUGUGUUGGCUUCCUCGAAAGACGUUCGUUGUUCGAGAUCUCCAUUUCGACAAGUCUCGCUCAGCUCCUCCGACAGCAGCCGCCAUGGCCUCAGCUCAGGACAUCGCCGGGUCUCUCCCCAUUGCUCGCCGAGUUUCUCAUAGCCAGGGGCUGUCUACCUCACCACUCGCUACCUUCCACUCCCCUCCCUCCAGCUUCGGCGGCCAAGGCUUGGCGCGCCGGCCUGCGCCUAAGCACUUGAAGCCCUUUGAGACUCAGGACAUCAAGAUCCUGCUGCUGGAAAACGUCAAUCAGACCGGACAAGACAUUCUCAGGGGUCAAGGUUAUCAAGUCGAGGCUCUCAAGACCUCCCUGCCUGAGGAUCAACUCAUCGAGAAGAUUCGGGAAGUUCAUGUGAUCGGUAUCCGGUCCAAGACAAAGUUGACCGAAAAGGUGUUGCGUGAGGCGAAGCAUCUUCUCGUCAUCGGUUGCUUCUGCAUCGGCACUAACCAGGUGGACCUGGACUUCGCUGCGAAACAUGGCAUUGCUGUCUUCAACUCUCCGUUCGCCAACUCUCGAAGUGUUGCCGAGUUGGUCAUUGCAGAAAUCAUCACCCUUGCUCGCCAAUUGGGCGACCGCUCAAACGAGAUGCACCGCGGUUUCUGGAACAAGGUGAGCGCGAAAUGCUGGGAGAUUCGCGGCAAGACACUUGGCAUUGUCGGCUACGGCCACAUUGGCUCACAAUUGUCCGUCCUCGCCGAGGCCAUGGGCAUGACAGUCAUUUACUACGACGUUGUAAGCCUUAUGGCCAUGGGUACUUCCAGACAGGUCCCAACUCUCGACGCCCUCCUGGAGGAAGCCGAUUUUGUGACUUUGCACGUACCUGAGCUUCCUGAAACGAAGAACUUGAUCUCAACCCACCAGCUGGAGAAGAUGAAGACGGGUGCGUACUUGAUCAAUGCUAGCCGUGGCAGCGUUGUGGAUAUUCCCGCGCUGGUCAACGCGAUGCGCACCGGGAAAAUUGCCGGCGCUGCAUUGGAUGUGUACCCCAAUGAGCCUGCGGCCAAUGGCGAAUACUUCAAUGCCAAUCUCAAUACCUGGGGCGACGACAUCCGUUCAUUGAACAACAUAAUUCUGACGCCGCAUAUUGGCGGCAGCACCGAGGAGGCUCAGAGGGCGAUCGGUGUCGAAGUUGCGGAUGCGUUGGUUAGGUACAUCAACCAGGGAAUCACACUUGGAAGUGUCAACCUACCUGAAGUGAACCUCAGAUCCCUCACACUAGAUGAGCCCGACCAUGCUCGUGUCAUCUACAUCCAUCAAAAUGUUCCAGGUGUUCUGCGAAAAGUCAACGAAAUCCUUGGAAACCACAACGUUGACAAGCAGAUUACCGACAGCAGGGGCGAUAUCGCCUACCUCAUGGCGGACGUCAGCAGCGUCAAGGCCAGCGAUAUCAAGGAGAUUUCUGACGGUCUGGACUCGUUGAGCUCUCGCAUCUUGACCAGGGUUCUUUACUAGACGGCUACGACUGUGAAACCAGGCUUUUGAGGGGUUGUCAAGCGUCGACGACCUUGAAUGUUUCAACAUGCAGAUUGGGUUUUAUUCAACGGACAGACCUGACUUUCAACCGGGAAUGGAAACUGAGAGAUGUUUCUGGGUGUGACACGUCUGCUGGAUGCUGGACUUCAACUAACAGCGAGGGCAUGACGACACUAAGCACUGGCCAAGGGCGUACUGCGGGAUGGGUGAAAGGAAGAGGAACAGGCCUUGAUUGAUAAAUAAAUUGUUAUCCUGAAGGGCUUGAACAAGAUCGCUUGAAUCCCACG